GUACUGUACUUAGGACGAUGGUGAACAAAGAAAAGCUCUUUGCAGCGUUUGAUGAAUGGGAUUCUGCCUCCUAUAGGCCACACUCCGAGUCUUCCAUACGGUACAAUCUCUGGACUCGGUGGUGUUAGGAAAGUGGCCCCCGGAAUGGCUUGCAUUCCGGGUCUGGGAUCCUGGGGUGGGCAUUUGUGCCGCUGCGCUCGCCUUGCUGGAGCGGGUGCAGAUGGAGCCAGGCUGACGGUUGUUCAACAGGAACAAAUGUUUGUUGAAUUGUUGGAUGGUGGAGAAAAGAGACUGUUUCCUAUUGACUGCUGCAGGAGUUGGAAUGGCAUUGUUUAUUGGCCUGGGAAGCCAGGCAAGCGUCUUGUGCUGCUUACAACAUAUUAGCAGACUUCCAAAUGACAUGCUAGCAUAUGUGUUCCCAGCAGUCCCCACCGGCUGGCAGGGAGAUUCCUCCUUGCUCCAGAUCCUGGACUCGUUUAAAAGAUGCCACCUGGUUUGAGGAAUUGAGAAGGAAUGGAGUUAGCCGACCAGGGAGUUGACCACACUUGGCCAUUUCCCAGAACGGCCCCACCCCAAGGGUGAGCGGCCAAUGAGGAGCUGUUUCUGCUGACAUCAAUUCCCCAGGAGGUACCCAGCCCAAGUCUGCCCAAGUGAAGAUGGCUGAUACCCACCCUGGGAUGGAGCCCAGCGCCUGAGGCCCUUAUCAUGGUGAUGGUCCUAAGUGAAAGCCUCAGCACCCGGGGAGCUGACUCCAUCGCAUGCGGGACCUUCAGCCCUGAACUGCACACGCCAAAGAAGAUGAGUCAAGGACCUACACUUUUCUCUUGUGGAAUUAUGGAAAAUGACAGAUGGCGAGACCUGGACAGGAAAUGCCCUCUUCAGAUUGACCAACCGAGCACGAGCAUCUGGGAAUGCCUGCCUGAAAAGGACAACUCACUAUGGCACCGGGAGGCAGUGACCGCCUGUGCUGUGACCAGCCUAAUCAAAGACCUCAGCAUCAGCGACCACAACGGGAACCCCUCAGCACCCCCUAGCAAGCGUCAGUGCCGCUCACUGUCCUUCUCCGAUGAGAUGUCCAGCUGCCGGACAUCAUGGAGGCCCCUGGGCUCCAAAGUCUGGACUCCUGUGGAAAAGAGACGCUGCUACAGUGGGGGCAGCGUCCAGCGCUAUUCCAACGGCUUCAGCACCAUGCAGAGGAGCUCCAGCUUCAGCCUCCCUUCCCGGGCCAAUGUGCUGUCCUCACCCUGCGACCAGGCAGGACUCCACCAUCGAUUUGGAGGGCAGCCCUGCCAAGGGGUGCCAGGCUCAGCCCCGUGUGGACAGGCAGGUGACACCUGGAACCCUGACCCGCACCCCAUGGGAGGGGGCCGGCUGGACCUGCAACGGUCCCUCUCUUGCUCACAUGAGCAGUUUUCCUUUGUGGAAUACUGUCCUCCCUCAGCCAACAGCACACCUGCCUCCACGCCAGAGCUGGCAAGACGCUCCAGCGGCCUUUCCCGCAGCCGCUCCCAGCCGUGUGUCCUUAACGAUAAGAAGGUCGGUGUUAAAAGGCGGCGCCCUGAAGAAGUGCAAGAGCAGAGGCCUUCUCUAGACCUUGCCAAGAUGGCACAGAACUGUCAGACCUUCAGCAGCCUCAGCUGCCUGAGCGCAGGGACAGAGGACUGCGGUCCCCAGAGCCCCUUCGCCCGCCACAUCAGCAACACCAGGGCCUGGACCGCCCUGCUCUCAGCCUCCGGCCCAGGGGGCAGGACCCCCGCUGGGACCCCGGUCCCUGAACCUCUUCCCUCUUCCUUCGACGACCACCUCGCCUGCCAGGAGGACCUGUCCUGUGAGGAGUCAGACGGCUGUGCCCUGGAUGAGGAUUGCGGCAGGAGAGCAGAGCCAGCCGCAGCGUGGCGGGACCGCGGGGUCCCCGGGAACAGCCUCUGCUCCCUGGAUGGCGAGUUGGACAUCGAGCAGAUAGAGAAGAACUGAGGGGACGUGUGGGCCCAGGCAGGGCUGGGGUGUGCUGGCAUCGACAGCCCUCCCUUUGGGCACUAGGUGGGCCCUGGAAGGGGAGCCCAACUCGUGGGCCUGAUGAAAGUUUCCUGAGUGGGGUGUCGGGUCCCAGAGAGGGAGCCCACCCGCGGCCUUGGGGAGAGCCUGGCCUGGCCGCGUCACACAGUGGGUGUGUCAGCCUCUCACCGGCUCCCCGAGUGUGGCAGCCACCAGGUCCACAGAACUACUGCAGCCCAGAGGACAGCUUUGGAGUUUGCGUCUUUUCUGCCUCUUUCCCCCUGGGAUGUUGGGCAGUCUCUGUUGUCCCCGGCAGAGCUGGGCACCGCUCUGUAUCCCCCUGGUGGGGGCUGUCAGGGAGGGCCUGGGGUGGGGGCCAGGGGCCAUCUGCUGUGUCAGGGCCCUUCUUGGCCUCGCUCAGGUUCACUUUCGGAGAGCCGGUCCCGCAGCUUCUUUCACUCAGUUUUACUCCGUGCCUUCUCUCCCAGGUCUCCCUGCUUCAGGCUUGGGAAGGUUCGGGAGAUGCUUCCUUCUGUAACACCAGAACCAUUUGGCCUUAAUUCCAAUGUGAGAGACAGAAUCCCUGGGGUGCUGGACUGGCCCCCCAGAGGGUAAGCCCAUGUCCGGAGUCUCGGGCCCAAGGAACAGCUUGGAGGGGUGCAUGUUAGGGCCUUCCAUGUUGGGCAGAAAUUUGGUGGGUCUGUUUUCUGAACGGACUCUCUUGCCUCUCCUGCAGCAUGGAGAGCCUGACCCCAUCGCUCUGCCACCGCUGGGGCAGGGUUAGCAGAUGGCAGCCCUUCUCUGUGGUUGACUGGUCACUGAGUGAUAAGUGUGGUUGGUUCUGGUGAGUGUAGGGAUGGCAUGAUACCAGGGCAGCCUCUUGAAAAUGGCCUUGGGAGACAGGAGCUGGGGGCAGGUGGACAGCUGCAGGCCCUGUGCCCAUUCAGGGGUGAAGGGCGUCCGCUGACCAAUCUGCAGAGGCCCCUGCAGGAUUGCACGCACCUCCCAUUUGUCCUUGAGGACUGCUGGCUGUAACCAGGGCACACCACCCACCUCAAGACAGACCCCCGCCCUUGUCAGCUUAGGGGGAGCCCAGUCCUGAGGGCUGCAUCUCUGUCGUAGGCCCAGCCAUGGGCAGAAAGCUGGACUGAUACUCCCCGCCCCUACCCCGCCCUGGCUUCUCACCCUGGGGCAUCCAGGGAGCCUAGCCCCCUGAGGGUUUGCUGUCCUCUCCGGGUUUGUAGCUGCUCUCCCGCCACCUUGCAGAUACCACCACAUGGGCUCUGCUCUAUGGGAAUCUGGCUUUUAGUGAAUUUGGCGUCUUCUGCAGACAAUAGCAAUUGGGCUGGCUUAGGAGUAAGUGGCUCAUUUUCCCAUAAGGCUAAAAAUAACUGGUGUGCUCCCUCGCGUUAGCUGACAUGCGUUAAAAGCACUUUUGUAGUCAUUUUGCUUUUACUCGUCUUCCAUGGACGAGUGAACGCCUUGCUUCUGCAGGUCGAGUCCAGAUGCUUCUCGCCUUUCUCCUCAAGAAAGCUGCUUUUUGGGAAA